AUGGUGCUCCACCCUUUCCAUCGCGGUCCUCUCUCCAUCCUCCUGUCCCACGAAUGGAGAGGAUUGCAGCACCGGGACAGAUCCUCCACCGACUCCGGAGUCAUGGCGACAGAGUUCCACAACCUUCAAGAGUUGCGUCACAGUGCAUCUCUGGCCACCAAGGUCUUCGUUCAGAGAGACUACAGUGACGGUACCAUCUGCAAAUUCCAAACAAAGUUUCCCGCAGAGCUGGACAGCAGAAUCGAAAGGAGCUUGUUUGAAGAAACGAUAAAGACCUUCAACUGCUUUUACGCCGAGGCUGAGAAGAUCAGCGGUCAGUCGUAUUUCGAGGGCUGUCUGGCAUGUGCUACGGCCUACAUCAUUUUCCUGUGCAUGGAGACACGCUAUGAAAAGAUCCUGAAGAAGGUCAGCAUGUAUGUUCAGGAGCAGAACGAGAAGAUCUAUGCACCCAGAGGUUUGCUUCUGACAGAUCCCAUUGAGAGAGGAAUGAGAGUGAUCGAGAUCUCCAUUUUCGAGGACAGCGGAUCCAGCAGUUCCAGCUCCACCGGAAGCUCUCCGUCCAGCACGGCACAAUGACUGGAGGAGCAGCACCAGGGGUACGGGUACAGAGGGGCCAGUACGUUGCCCAAAAUACGCAUGCUGAAACACGAGAGCACCAGAUUUUAAGAAAGAGAAAGUAUAGCUAACUUACUCCUUUCAAACAUCUGCAAAGCCAGAAGCUUUAACAUAACCCUCCUCACCACAUCGUUCUCUAUUUUUCAUCCCCCUCCGCAUUUUCAUUAGUUUUCUUUGCCCUGCUUUGUCAAAUGCUCAAAGAUGGAUGAUGCGUGGACCGUGUGUCACCAGUCUGCUGUAAAAAUCCAGUUUAAGACGGUAGUGGUGUUUUUACUGUAGCUAAUCUGUAGCUCAUUUUUAAUGUUAAAAGAUCAUUUAAUGAUAGCAAAUAGACAGUAGAUUCAUAUAAAUAAAAGUUGAUCCUACCAGAGCAAACUGCAGGAGAUGAAAAAAAAACAAUAGAAACCCAAAUAGGAACCAUCACAGAAAUUCUAAUGAUUUCUAUUAAAAUACCAUUAGCUUUUUUUCAUUAAAACCAUUACAAAAUUUCUUUCAAGUUUGAUUUGGGCAUUAUUCCAAUAGGAAUUAAUGGUGUUUUAUUGGUUCCUAUCUGCCAGAUAACAUCCCACCAAAAGAAUGCAUAACAUACCAAUAGACACCAUUAUAGUUUCCAUUAAAUCCAAUACAAUUCCCUUUAUAACAUUUAUUACGUAAAAUAAUCGUUUUUUUCUCUAAAAUUGCAAUUUUCCUAUUUUUCUUGAAAAAUUGCAGUCUUUCUGUAAUUUGACAACUUUUGACCAUAUUUUUUACCAUCCUGUAAAAAACAUUUUUUUCUGGCAGCUGGGGCAUCAGAAAUAUACCACAAAAAUAUUUUUUCCCAUGUAAAAUUACAUGUUUUUCCUGUUUCUCUUGUGAAUUUGCAGUCUUUUUCUCUAACUGGAUGGUAAUUUGACGAUUUAAAAAAAUAUGUGAAAAAUCUGUUUAAAAAAUACCCAGGAAAAUUAUUUAAAAAAUGUUUAAUAUUAUACAUAAAAAAUAUUUAAAAAAGUAAAAUUCUGUAAAAUUAGGUUUUUUAACUGUUUCCAUUUUCCAUUGUGUUUUACAAAAUCAAAGCUGCCUGUUCAGAAGACAGUGUUAGGGGCCAGAAACAUUCAUAUUUUUCAAUCCAUCUAUAACAAUUUCACACCUGUACUAGCUAUUUUCUUUCCCCAUGGCACUUGGCCCGGUCCAUAAUCCAUCUUUGCCCAUACAUUGAUUUGAAUCGUAUUUUAUUUAAACAUUAUUUAUUUGAACUGAGCUCUCAGUUCAUCCUUGUGACUUUAAAGUCCAGACUUCACUGACAGUCUUGCCUCUGUUUGUUCCACCCAUGAUUAGUGUUAUGAACUAUACGCCCAACAAAGCUCUCAGAAAUGCAAACAGCAGCCCUUUUAGAAAUAUCUUUGUUUUUUACGAUAAAAUCUACCUCCAGUGUGUGCUUGUGCUGGAAGCCGAGGAAGCCAGCGUGGAGGUCAGCGAUGGAAAUGAGCCUUAGAUAGAGUUUAUUUUGACUGAUCGGGUUCAGAGAAGAUUGACUCACCAGCUGUUCAGAACGGGCCGAGAGAUUUUUCUUCAAUGUUCUUGCUGGUUUCUCAGAGGUAAUGAAUGCAGGAAUGCUCUGUUAAUGUUCUCCUGCAGGAUGGCCGUUUCCAUAAUCGGGAAUAAUGAGUUCGCUUAAAUCAGUGAGUUUGUCAAAUAAAUAUAAAUUGAUGUACACACUCAACAUAAAAAAUGUAGCGUUCUUUUACUGAGGAUGAUAUAAAGCAAAGAUGUAGCUUAACAUUCAGUGUUGGGAAGAACAAAGACUUCAAUAAAUCCACAGAUUAAACACUAAUAUGAAUAUUUUAGGGGGCGGUCAAAUGUUUGUGGUGCUUAAAUUAUUUAUGGCAUGUUGAAGCAAUAAGAAGAAUAAAAGGCAAGUGAAAAAAACACUUAUAAACAACAAUCGUUGUACCAAAGUGCUGUGCAUAAUUUAUGAUAAAGAAUAAAAACACAAAGUUAAUGAACUACAGGUUGCGUUUGUCUAAUUUUAGAAUACUUUUAUGCUGCUAUUUGUGCUUUUCAGUAGUUGUCCACAUUUAUUGCAUUUUAAAGUCUGUUUUACAUCUUGUGUUUCUCUGAUAAAAAAGCACUUGGGUGAACUAUCCCUUUAUAAUUGUUAGAGAGGAUAGACGUUUCUAAUCAAAAGCUCAUUGUUCUCAUUUUAAAAAAGCAUCCGCGUUUUAGGCAUGCAAGACCACCUUAACCGCAUUUGCAUCUUAAGUUUAUUGCUUCACUUCUCCACUUCAUUAUUUGGUGUCAUUCUUUCCCAUUUUUAUUUUCAGUUUUCCACCUGGCUAAACUAAACCCACCCUUGAGCUUCAGGUCUGCUCUCACAGGGACUCGUCUGAUCUUUAGUACUGUAGCAGACAUACAGAUUCCGUGUCUGUUGCCUUCGUGUUUCACUGCUGUGGAGAUACCCACCCUGGCGCUGAUCCAUCACGACUGCGGACUGCCAGAGAGACGUCUGUAAAUUGUACAUGACUUGCACUAAUAAUGCAUGAGGGUCUGGCUGUGGACUCGUGGUUUGGUACUGUGAGUGAGUGAAUGGAAACUAUACAGGUCUGCCAUUCGAGAUAUGAUUUUGCACAAUCAUUAUAUUGUGGCUGAAAACGGGGUCUGAUUUUGACUCUCGUGAUGGAGUGCGAGGGGCAUUUAUUUACAAUACAACAUUUAGGGUUUGAAAGGGCCCUGGGCUGUUUCAUACAAAUCGGUAAAACAUGACACAAAAAUGUAAGUUCCAUUAAAAAGACAUACAUUACCAUGUGUUUAUGUGGACAAGCCUGCUAUUUUGGUCAGGUCAUACAUAAUUCAUAUGGAGUGUCGAGCAGAGAACGGAUGAUGUGUGCCAUGCCUUGCGUUUUCCAGAAUAUUCACUUUUCAUUUAUAUCAAACACUAGAGCAUGCACGUGCGUAUGAGAUGGAAAACUGUCAAAUGUCUCCAAAUGAAAAACUACAUGUUAGAAAAAAUACUUUGAUAUGGUCAAAUCCUUGUAGCUAGUUUUGUAUUGUAGAAUAAAUCGUUUUCAUGUACAGUAAGAAAACACUGAAGUAAGUGUUCAUUACGCGUUUCCAGUUACUGUUUUUACUUCCUUUGGGAACACUGUAAAAUGUCUGGCUUUUUGCUGCUAGAGAUCUGCAAAGUAUCUAUUUGUAUGAACAAUAUACAUAUAUUGCACUUAAAAGAAUACAACGUAUCAAGAGUGUGUUUUUUACAAUUUAUAUGAAAAUCUAGUUGUGUCCCAGAAUGCACAGAUACGUGCAGGAAUUUGUAAAGUAUUUGUUUUCCAUGUCCAGAAUGCCAGCAAAAAUAAUAAAAUGUUGUUUUUCCUCUUGAAACAGCAACCAGAUAUUUCUUGUCAUACACAGACACACCACUAAAACAAAAGCAGACUGAUUUCUGGGCUUUGUGUGCAUGUGCUACGCUUAUAAACGUGACAGAUUCCUCUUUGGCCGUAUUGUUGACAUGACUGGUUCUCAUAAGAGCCAUAUUCUUUGACCUCAACUUUCACCUUAUCAAAGAUCCAGCUCAAGCGCUU